AUGGACGGGAUGGCAAAUGUGCCAAUGGAUGUGGUGACAAUGUGGAAUUCAACUUAUAAAAUGCUUGAUUGUGCUUUCAAGUACAAGAUAGUGUUCAAUAGGAUGGAGGUGGAAAAUGUAGCUUUUCUAACUUACUUUGAGGAGAUAGAGAAGGAUGAGAUGAAGAAAGUGGGUCCUCCAAGUAAUUAA